AUGUCGAACGCGGAUUGCAAAUCUAACGCGACUCACUUCCAUCGAGCUGUAAGGUUCUAUGGCUUCUCUUGCGCGCAAACCAUGUUCUACUUCUAUACAUACAGAAAGGAUAAGCUCCGACUGAAGAUACUGGUAGUUGAUUUCGAAGGUACAUAUGGUAUUUUCUCGUACUCAAUCAUGCGACUCUCGAAGGGCUGGAAAAGAAUCCAACGCCCUAAUGAUCGUGAUUGUCCAACUGCGAGUUAUCCCGAUGACUGUUUGAGCCGCAACUCUCUUAUCAAGUAUGGCAGAUUCUAUGUACAUUCAAUCUGGAUAUUUCCUUUGAGGGCGCGACAUCCGGCUGUCAAGAGUGCUCUCACAUUCACGAUACUGCCGGGAACCAUGCAACCAGCAUCCGCGUUUCUUACGGACUUGUACAUCGCGACAUCGCUUUCAGUCAUUCUGAAGCAGCAGAAGACGGGGCUUAAAGGCACCGACUACCUAUUGUCGAAACUUGCACUGUACGCAAUCCACCGAGGGAUUUUUACCGCGGUGUUCGAACUACUGGAGCUCUUAACAGUCAUGAACGGUCUGGAGUUCGCCUCGACUCUUCAUCAAACAAAACUUCUCUGGGCUCUCUUUCAUUUCCCCGGGAGUCAAGUUGGGAAUUUGCGAGAUGGGCUCACGGCACAGCUCUAUAUCGUACCUGUACAACUGUUUCCGAACUUCAUGUCCGAUGUUCGCAUUGCGGGCUUGAAAAGUUAA